GACUCGAUGAACUGCACUUGUCUCGAAACAGAACUAAUAUGACGAAUUUUACGAUCGUGGCCUUAGUGCAGAUGUCCGUCCUGUUUGUAAUGCAGGUAUCCGUAGAAUCAUGCAGCGAUGAAUUCAUCAAGGAAAUGAUAGUGAAAGUUUGUGGAAUGGGUGAAAAAAAACGUUCAUUCCCUGACAACAGUCGCACGAGCUCGUCGUUGGGACAAAAUGUUAAGGUUAUUUUGACUGACGUAGAACGCGAAUUCAAACACUUGGUCGGAGACAUCGAAGAAGCAGACUUGUUGCUGAAAACAUCCAAUAAGAAUAAACCAAAAGAACCGAACGUCACUCCACUGUGGCUGCGAUCAAUUAUUUUACCGGGUUUCAGAGACGACAGGUCGAGACACGUGAAAAUACGUGGUGACACCGAAAAAGCCACGAUUAUAAAACGUGGAGUAAUGCAGAUGUUCAGAGAGUGCUGCGUCAAUAAUUGUUCCCUCAAAGAUUUAAAUCGUAUAUGCGAGAAGAAAUAAACAAUAUGGUUAAUAACAUUUUAACAUACCUUGCUUUGAUUAAUUAUGGUUAAUAAGUAUUAUCAGUAAUCAGUAAGCAUAUAUAUAUAAAAAAAAAAAUUUAUAAACAAAUACAUAAAUAAUUAUUUAUAUAUAUUUUAAAUAUAUUAUAUUUCAUCUAUAUUAUAUAAAUGUCUGUAAAAUAACAGACUUGUUUCUAUGAUUA